AUGGUGCAGUUGGUAGAGUUGCUGCCUCUCAGCGAGCAAGUCGCCCCAGUUCCAAUCUCGACGGGGGGCCUUCCUGGGUACUUGAACCUCCAGGAGAACCACAUUAACGUGAUCCAUGAUAACUCCUUCCAGGACCUCGUGCGCCUGGAGAACUUCUACCUCAACGACAACCUGCUGUCUGAUCUGCCCAAACUCGCCUUCAGAGGCCUCAGCCGCCUCAAAAUGCUCAACCUCGGGGGCAACCAGUUGACCAACGUGUCCAAGACCUGGUUCAGUGACCUGGUUGAGCUGGAGGUCCUGUACCUGGACAGGAAUCAGCUACUGAGCAUCGAGGAGGGCGCCUUUGAGAACCUCACUAGCCUGAUGACGCUCCACCUGAACAGCAACAACCUGACCUCGCUGCCCCUCAGCGUGUUCCAGCCCGUCUAUUUCCUGGGUCACCUGUACCUCUUCAAAAACCCCUGGGAGUGCAGCUGCUCCCUGGAGUGGCUGAAGCAGUGGAUGGAAAAUUACAAACUGGUGCGGGACAUUCCUUGUGCCUCGCCUUCCUCUGUUGCCGGAUUGGACCUGAGCCAGGUGGUGUUCGCCAACAUGAACGGCACAUGUGUGGACCCUGCAGAUCUGAACCUAACCACGGUCUCCUCAGAGCCAGUCCUGACCACAGAGAACCGUUUCAACAGUCUCAUCUCUAAGCUGCUCCAGCAGGAGCUCAGAGAGGAGCUGGGGAACGGGACAGAGAGCCUCCGCAACAGGACCCUGGUGGAGGCAGAGGAGGGGCAGCUCUCUGCGGGGGCUGGGGGGCGUCAGGCCUGGGCCAGCCAAUCCCUGCUCUGCUUCACUGCCAUGUGGUUCAUAUCUGGUUUACUUGGCCUGUCAGAUACUAACGCCUGUGUUUUCUGCAUGAGAGCUGUGACAAAUAUCCAUCAUGGAGCAGACUUUCUUUAA